AUGAUGGUGAAGAUGAUGACUCAGAUUCUCACCCUGAAAUGGAAAUUGAAAGAGAAGAUGAUAGUAGCGAUGAUGAUGUUGAAAGUAGUCUGCCACAGGAUCCAGAAACAUGUCUGCAGAUGAACCACGUGUACCAGGAAGUUAUCCAGGAAAAGAUUGAGGAGGUCGAGCUUCUCAUUGCACAAAACAAAGAACAGCAGAAGGAAAUCAUGGGCGAGCUUGGUGGUCAAAAAAUAGCCAAGGCAGGAGAUGGUAGAAAUCUACCAGCGAAUAUAUUUUUGGGUCAUUUUAUGAAGCCGUACUUUAAGGAUAAAACAACAGGAAUUGGCCCGCCUUCCAAUGAAGAUGCCAAGGAAAAGGCAGCUCAAGGCAUAAAAUCCUUUGAACAACUGAUUUCAACCAAGUGGAAAAGCAGAGAGAAGACGUUGUUGCAGAAAUCAGUAGUAAGUGACCGCCUGCAGCGCCUGCUUCAACCAAAGUUGCUGAAGUUGAGUUAUUUGAAUCGGAAACUGGAGAAAGUCAAGACUGAAACAGAGAACCAGAUCUUGGAAAAGCAAAUCAAAGAAGUGGAGCAAGAAAUAGAGACAAUUAACCAACUCCCAGAAAGUGACUUGUUGGGAAACAGAUUCGAUGAGCAUGACUGGGAGAAAAUUUCAAACAUCCAUUUUGAUGGACAACGUAGUUCAGAAGAACUGAGGAAGUUUUGGCAAAAUUGGGAGCAUCCAAGCAUCAACAAAAAAGAAUGGACUGAGGAGGAAAUAGAGAGGCUAAAGAAGAUAGCUGCUAAACAUGGUUAUCUGGACUGGCAGACUAUAGCCCAAGAGCUGGGGACAAACAGGACGCCUUUUCAGUGCUUGCAGAAGUAUCAAGCCUAUAACAAAGAUUUGAAAAGGAAAGAAUGGACCAAAGAUGAAGAUCAGAUGCUUUUAGAGCUUGUUCAAGAGAUGAGAGUAGGAAGUCAUAUCCCAUACAAGAAAAUUGCUUAUUACAUGGAAGGAAGAGAUUCUGCUCAGCUGAUUUAUCGAUGGACAAAAAGCGUGGACCCCAGUUUGAAGAAAGGACCCUGGACACCAGAGGAAGAUGCUAUGCUGUUGGCUGCAGUUAAGAAGUAUGGAGAGCGUGACUGGUAUAAAAUUCGGACUGAAGUGCCAGGGAGGAGCGAUGCUCAGUGCAGAGAUCGGUACUUAAAAGCAUUGCACUGUGAUGUAAAGAAAGGCAAGUGGAGUUUAGAGGAAGAGGAGCAGCUAAUUGAACUGGUUCAAAAACAUGGCCUGGGUCACUGGAGUAAAAUAGCUUCUGAAUUGCCACAUCGGACUGGCUCCCAAUGUCUAAGCAAGUGGAAACUCAUGAUUGGGUCUAAGAAAAGAUCUAGGCCAACAAAACGCCAACACGUGCAAGAGAGUUCCAGCUCUUCAGAGAGUAGCAGUGAAGAUGUGGAACUGGACUUAUCAGACAGUUCAGAAGAGGAGACAACAAGCAAGGAGGAGUGUGCAGUUCCCAGCAUUGAUUUGUGGAUCCCAACACAGACAAAUAUGCAGGAGUCAAACAAAGGAAGAUACCAGACUCCAUCCCUUUUCUCUCCUGUGAGUGCUGAUGCAAAGGCCAGUAGCAGCGAAGUUCCAAGUGCAACGUGUGAUGGAGACAAGGACAGAGCUGCCGGUAAAUCGUCAGAGUUGAACACCCUCCUGAGGGGCAUUGCACGUCCCCAUUCAACAGACAUUGUUGUGAAGAAUCCAGAAGAAAUAAUCAACAAGGCUUCCAGAUGUGGAAAGCAAGUGCUGCGGGUGACCCUGGAGAAUGUGAAAAGAGUGUUAAGAAAUAACACAUGCUUUCAGAGGAAACUUCAAUCAAAGAUACUAAAACUUUCUGCCACUGCUUUAACAAAAAUACCUGGAGUUAGUACUUCUGUUGGCCAGAAGCUUCAGGGGCUGCAGAACGUCACGGAGAAAACUUACCGUCAAGAGAGAGAGCGUUUGAGAAGAAUGAACCUUGACAGAAAGCUGCUCAUGGCAGUGACACCUUGGGUGGGCAAUGUACUGCUGCCUUGCACCUUGCAAACCGGGAAGAUGGCUUUUCGUCAGACAAAAGCUGAUGCUAUUCAAGAGAAGAUCAAAUCGAUCAGUCUCGUGAGCACUCCUCUGUUCACACUUUUCAUUCAGCUCUUUCAGAUUGAUACCCACGGCUGCAUGAAGAUUAUUCGUGAGAGAAGGCUAAGGCAGUCAGAGCUUCUUAGGGCUAAUGCAAGAAAGCCUCAGCAGGCUUCCCAAAAUGUGGAGACUUCUUCAGGCAAUUCAUCACAAUCUGUUACUCAGAGGAAUUCCCAAAGGGGCAUACCAAGAAAUGCUGUCAGGAGACCUGGAGCUCUUCCAGCCCAAGUGCAAAGGCAGAAGCCUAAAACUGUCUCAGAAUUACUGAGAGAGAAGCGGCUAAGAGAAUCCCGGGCUAAGAAAGCUAUGCAGAGGACAGUAUUUGUUGCCCCACAGAUGCUGGUUUCGGGACCUCUGAUAAUCCAGCAUCCACCACAGCAAAUCAUUCCCUCUGCACAAGCAGCGAGCACGCCUGCAACAGUUGGUUGUACAAAUAGCCAAGUACAGCCUGCACCAGCUCCAUUGCCAGCGUUUACUUCUGUUGCAGGUUCAACUUCUACUGCUGCUGUGCUUGAAAACCGUUCCUCAUCAGUGCCAGAAACUGGGGAAAGCCCUGGUUCCUCACAAGGGACAGAACUACAAUCCAACAGGGAACUAAAAGAGCAAGCUUUGGAAAGUAGCCCUGAAGGAGGGGUUUCUCCAGGCAUGAAUCCAGCUGCAGCAGAAAAGGCCCCAAAUCAGGGAGGGUGCAAUGGUCAGGUCCUAGCUGGUAGCUCAGCUUCAGUAGUGUUGCAAAACCAAGCUUUUGUGCCACAUCAGAUUACAGUGGUGCCUGUUGGCAUUGAGUCUGGCACCAACAAAUUAUCUCUUUCCACACCAGUUACCUGUGAGCUGAAUAGUAAUGGGCCGCAACAGGGGCCAGUCAAUCUCUUGCCUGCUCUUGUAACUCCACAAACUGGUCCGCGUUUGGUUCCCAACAGCAUACUGCCUUUCACGUGGGUCGUAACGCCACAGGCUUUGCUCCCCAGCGCUGUACAAACUGUGCUGGGUGUUCCUCAAGGACUGCCAGCUGCUGCUGUGACAAGUCAAUGUCAGCCAACUGUGACUUCCAGUGGCAGUGCCUCCAGCGUAGGAAUGCUUCCUGUACCAGCUGGAGCCAAUGUGCCUCACCCCAGCAGCGCAGAGACAAAGGCACCAGAUGCCCAGUUAGCAGGAGUAAAGACAGCUAACCAUUCCACAGUUAUACCUACAACAUCGGUGAGUCCUGGGUGCACCACAUCCAGUGUUUCUUCUGCCACACCUGCAAGUUCAGGUGGCUCCUCCGAGGCUUCUGACUCCUCUGCAGCUCACACUGCUCUUCCACCUGAUGUACCAACCCUGCAUGCUGUGCUACUGCCCCAAACGCAGCCGCCUGUGAGCACUCAAGGGUCUGAUGCCCAGUGUGCGUCAAGUCUCCCUAGCUUGGGAAAGAGCCAUGAAUCUGUUACAACAAACGGAUCACCUUCCAAUCCAGGCAUCGUCACGAAAGGGAUCGUGCUCCAGCCAGGAGAUCCAGCUCCCCAUCACAGUGUCCCAGGGAACUCUGAUUGCUUUGCUGCACAAGCGUUGAAAAACAGACCUAUUGCUUCCAAACCUGUGACUACACAGCCUGCUAACAGUUCACCCCAGCCAACCACUUCCAGUGCGGAAAAGAACACGCUUGACUUCAGCCUGAUUUCCCUUGAAGAUGAGGCGCUAGUGAAGGAGUGGCUGAAUGGGAAACAAGGUGUCCAAGUACCAUCUCUGCAAACUAGGCUGCCUUAUUUGCCACCUUUUCUGUGCAACAUAAAAACCCUCUCAAAGCUCCUUCUGCAGAAAGCAGCUCUAGAAGAGCAAGCAGCAUGUCUUCUGCCUUCUGAUGGCCACCAGGAUGAAGGCACUGGGGUUGAUUUGAACGCUGUCACAGAACUGGUGCAGCAGAAACUCGGCGAUAACCCUGCUUACCUCCUGCUAAAAGCCAGAUUCCUAGCAGCCUUUACGCUCCCAGCUGUACUAGCAACUUUGCCUCCUCCAAAAGUGACAACAACUCUGUCAGCCAGCAGGAAGCAAUAUGAAGAGAGUGACGAAGAGGAGUGGCAGAGUGAGAAGGAAGUGUCUGAAGAAGAGAGUUGUGGGAAUGAAUUAACAGGUGUACGGUUGGAUUGGACAGUUGCUGAUGAGCCUGGAGACAAAGAUGCUGGUUUCCUUAAUCAGGGCAUGGGAGCUGAAGAAAACGCUGCACAGUCUGUCUUGGACUCCUGCACUGAUGUGGCUGAUGCCAGUGCUCCUCAAGUUAGGAGAAGUGCCCGCUUCAGGAAGAGGAGGAGGAUGUGA